AUGGACGUGCCCGAUGAAGGUGCUGUUGGAGAUGGAUUGGUGGUGUAUCUCAGGGGUCAGAUGCUUUCUGUCGGCGUCCUUCCCGCACGACAAGGCUCCAAGCUGGGGAAGACGCCAGCCCAGCAGCUGGUGGCUCAGAGCGCGCCAGGCGCGCAGGAGGCACAGGGCGUGCAGGACUCCCCUGCUGUGCUCCACCGCUGA